CAAAUGUAAAUUUGUACACAAAAACCAGUGUGCAAAAUCAUAAGCUGAUGUGAUGUACAGCAUUUCAGUUUGAUCAGUAGCGUAAACCUAGUCAUCAAGUUGGUUGAUACUAUAUUUCCAAGCCUAUAGCCAAUAUGAAAAUUUAAAAUGUUGCCAGGCACAAGUCUUCAAUCGUUUUUGCGGAGUUGGAUUGGGGUUGUUGGCUUUAUGGCCCUUGGAAACACAGUUCAAUGUUUCAUCUCAGGGAAUGGAACCACUGAAAGACUGUAUGCUGGGUCUGAAGACCAAGUUACAUCAUUAGCUGUUCGUCUUUUUGGGGUAUGGACCUUCCUUGCUGCUGUUCUUCGUAUAACAUGUGCCUUGUACAUACAUAACAAUCAAGUUUAUUUCCUUACUCUAGGUUCAUUUAUACUGGUGUUCGUGCAUUUUAUAUCUGAGCUGUUAAUCUUCAAAAGUGCAGUAUUUUCUGUUGAAAUUAUAUCUCCAUUGGCAAUAUCCGGAACAUCAAUUAUUUUGAUGAUAGUUGGAAGAUGGUUCCUUGAACCACAUAAGGUUAAGAGGCACUAGUAGAAGUAGUAUGGAGUGAUCGAGAUAAUGAAUUCAGAAAAAAAGGUUCCAUCAUAAGAAGUGGCAUUAUAAAAUAGUCCGUCAUUGAAAUAUGG